AUGGCCCCUUUCAGCUGUGAAAGACCGCCGCGGGAACUGUGGCUCAUGCGGCAGAACGCCUUGGCCAGUUGGACGCCAGACAUUGACCAGCUACAGGUGGACUUUGAAGAGAUGCUGCGUGUUCGAGAUGAGAAGAGGAGGAUCCGACAUGUGGAGACGCUGAGACAACAGAAGGAGGAGGAGGAUGAAGAGGGGAGAGGCAGAGGAGGAGAGGGAGGAGGGGCCAGGGUGGAGCUACUGGGGGAUUUGGAAGAGGAGGAGGAAGAGGGGAGGAGGAAGCCACCGAGCUCCACUGCGGCCCGGCCCUCGGCGCCCCCUGCCACCACCGCUACUGUCACAACCAGAAAGUCCGAAAACGGAGAGCUGCCAGACAAAGACCCAGAACCCCAGACGACAUCUCGGCCGUCCCGCAAGUUUGUCAGCAGUUCAGUCUCCAUCUCCCUCGACAAAACUCCCUCCACCAGCGAGAGGAGCGGGCACACAACUCCCAUGAGCCCUUGCUCCCCAUGCGCUCCUUUGUCACCCAGAGAACAAUGGUCGUCUCCCUGCCAGAGCCAAACACAGAAUGGACACACGCAGGAGGUCAGUAUGAACGGCUCUCCCACCAACAGCUCAGUUAGUUUUGAACAGAUAACCAGACCUGCCUUUGCCAGACAGAGCUCCAGGACUGCGUCUUUUAGGAUGCUGAAGAAGAAAGAGGAGGAGAGCAUGCCUCUGCAGAGGAGCUCGAGUGUUCGUGUUGCCUCCAAGAAGUUUGAAUCCGACGCGGACCAAAGUCAAGAUGAAGACCAAACUUCCCCCUUCCAGAGAAGUUCCAAACAGAGGGUGUCCUCCAGGUCUAUCCAGGAGAAGAUGGCAAAACUGGCCCAGGCUGCACAGAAGUCGGAGGCCAUGCGUUCGCCAGACGUGACCCAGAGGACCCUGUUCCUCCUGGACGAGGUGUCCCGGAAGAGAUGUCUGUUUGAGGAGCCGCAGGCGACGCCUCCCACCAGCCCCGGGGUCUCCAGACAGGAAUUUCGGGGCUUCACGUCAGGAAUGUCGGAGCGGAUCAACCGUUGGAUCACCAAGAAAAACCAGACCGGCUCCUCUCAAAUCCCCACAGACCUGAGACAUGUGAACAUCAGCUUUAAGAGGAGCCUGUUUGAGAACCGAGGAGAGGAUGACCUCCCAAACACAGGGCCUGGCAGGACCUCCAAAUGAAGGACGCCCCGCUGAUAAAGACACCCAGCGGCAGAUCUCCGGAAGACUUGACGAAUAAACCGGACGUCACUUUCAGGCUCAACCACCUUCAUUCAUCCUUUUGCUUCCUUCUCUGUCUGAGCAGUUGUGUGUUUCAUUUCCAUUACCAAAGGUUAAACAUGAAGACGUUGUUUAAGGGAAGGAGGGAGAGAGAGGAAGGAGAGAGAGAGUCGGUGGAUGUGAGGAGAGGGAGAAAGUUCAGCUAUGUUCAGAAAACUUACUUUGACUCUUUUUUUUUUACUUCAGGUGAUUCUUUUAAGCACUUUAACAGGUGAGCGGUUAUGGCUAAUAAGGUCCAUUCUUAUUGAAUAUAGAACUGGGAAUACUGGGAUUGCAAUUAAAUGAAUGGUCUUUUUUUCUUGCUGCCAAAAUAAAAUUUCUUUGCCAUUCUGUUUGUUCUGGCUGUCCAUGUGGUACAGCAUGCUGCCUGUCUACACAAUAAAGUAUUUU